AUGCUGAGAGAAUACGCCAAGGAAACUUCAGUGCAUGGUAUCCAAUACGUCCUUAAGGCUAAAAACUCUUUACUGGACAGAGUGAUCUGGCUCGUGGUGAUCGCGGCCUCGCUGGUCUGCACUGUGGCUCUCUGCAGGUCCAUGGUUGUCCGCUACUUCAGUGGCCGCACUGUCACUCAAGUCAAGGACACUCACUACCCGAUCUAUCUCACCCCCUUCCCUGGGGUAUCGAUCUGCCCCACCGACAAGAUCAAGCGUGGAACUGCCUACAGAUAUAUCUACCAGAAAUUGAAUGUAACCGAGGAUGACAUAAGCAAUAACAGUGUGGACCACUUCCUGUCUGCAAUGGUGCUGUUUCAGCACCUCAGCUACAGCCGAAUGAUGGAACAUCUGCAGCAAUGUGAGGAUAUCUUACCUCAGCUGGCUCGAAUCAACCUGACAGACUUCAUGGUAGCGGUGCUGCCUAAAUGUGACGAGGUGUUCGCCUCAUGCUCCUGGCAUGGAAUGACAGAAAACUGUUGUGAGAUAUUUCACAUCCAGCGCUCCGAGGAAGGCUUCUGUUACUCCUUCAAUUCUUUUACGUCUCAAAGACUAAAAGGCUGUCGGGAGCAAGCCUACAAUGACCACGUAGAGAUUGAAGACAUCCAGAAGGAUACGGAGUGCAUGCUUCGUCGAACUUCUGCCGCCGGUCCCACCACAGGUCUGGAGGUAUUCCUGCAGCACUUUGACACCAGCCAGUACAUGGUGAACUGGUCUACCUUGACCGGCGAGUCUGGCGUAAAGAUACAAGCAUUCAGUUAUGCCGCAGAAAGGUUUACAGACAAAUCGUGUUUCCAGGUCCAACUACAUACCAGUGAUGAGUACCCGGAGGCCGGCAUGGGAGUGCUGGUGCUUGCCAAGUCUGGAAUCAAGAUGACGACCACGAUCAAGGCCUACCUCACCGAGAGUCUGGAGGCCGUACGUUUCUUACCGAUGCAAGAGCGAAACUGUUACUUCCCCGACGAGACUCGGUUGAUAGUCGCUGCUCAGUACACCCAGCGUAGUUGCCUCAUCCAGUGUAGACUCAACUACUUCCACCAAGUCUGUGGCUGUCACCCCUACCACUUCAAUAUGUUAGAUAAUGUCAAGUUUUAUCACCCGCCAACUCAUGCUCAUCUGCGAGGUUUCACUCCAUCCGACCUGUCGACUCCACUCAAUUGUUCCAAGUGUCUGCCCACCUGCCACGAGAGUUACUACGAUGAUGAUACAGACCUUACCACUGACACUCAACAUAAGGCUCUGGAGACAUUCGGCUACCUGGACCUCUAUUACAAGCAUGGUGGAGCAGUCUACUACCAGAGAGAUGUCACUUUCGGCUGGCUAGACUUACUAGUGGGAAUUGGAGGCACUGCAGGCUUGUUUCUAGGUAUAAGUCUACUCAGUGUGGUGGAGAUUCUAUACUGGAUAGUAAAGAUGGUUUGGUUCUGUGAGUGCAAGAAGGAUACUACCUGUGUUGUUACCUCUCUACCCAGAGGGCUGGUAUACAAUAAAGAAUUCUACUGA